AUGUCAUUACGUGUCAAUGUUGACUCUUUAUUUGAUACGACCCAUACUGUGCCUUUAGUUGGCAGCCAAAGUAACACGUUGGGUUUACCGGUUGGCGAGGAAGAUGAAACUGGGAAUUUGUGCCCAUCUCUCUCCUUUCAGGAGCGGGUGAUUGGCUUCGCUGUGUGCCUUGGCCUUGGAUUUCUCUUUUCGAUCUUUGCAUGGGUCUCUAUCUUUGCGCUUGAUUUCAAUACAUUUGCGGUUAUCAACACUGUGUCCAAUGUUACAUCUAUUGGGAGCACGAUGUUUCUCUGCGGUCCUAUGGCUCAGCUAAAACGGAUGUUUGACUCCAAGCGUCUGAUUGCCACAAUAAUAUAUUUUACAUCCAUGGCGUUGACAUUUAUUGCGGCACUUGUGCUUCGUAUUCCGUGGCUAACGAUCAUCACAGUGCUGGUGCAGUACGUUGCAAUGCUGUGGUACUGUCUUAGUUACAUCCCUUUUGCUCACACAGCCGUGCUGAAAGUUCUGGGCCUCGGGUAG